CUGAAGCUAGACAUCAACACGCAUACAUCUGCGUAUACUAUACACAUCAUAUAUACACUAGAAAUGUCGAACGACUCCUUGGUUACAUCACGAAUAGUAGGUGAUGUGUUGGACCCCUUCCGUAGCACAGUUGAUCUGACAGUGCUCUAUGACGGUAGGUUCGUCAUUAACGGCAUGGAGUUCCGCUCACCGGCGGUAUCGGGCAAGCCGAGCGUCGAGAUCGGCGGUGAUGAUAUUAGCGUGACAUACACCCUUGUCAUGGUGGAUCCUGAUGCUCCUAACCCCAGCAAUCCGACCUUGAGGGAAUAUCUUCACUGGAUGGUAACCGAUAUCCCAGGAUCAAUGGAUGACACCUACGGGCGGGAGGUGGUGUGCUACGAGAGUCCGACGCCGACGACGGGGAUCCACCGCAUGGUGCUGGUGCUGUUCCGGCAGCUCGGGCGGAACACGGUGUACGCGCCGUCCAUGCGCCACAACUUCAACACCCGCAGCUUCGCCCGCCGCUACAACCUUGGCGCGCCCGUCGCCGCAAAGUACUUCAACUGCCAGCGCCAGGCCGGCUCCGGCGGCCGGAAGUUCACCGGGCCCUAUACCAGCCACCGCCAGCAAAUCUAAUCCCUAGCUAACAAAAUAGCUACCACACACGGGAGCACGUGGCGCACGCAUGGGCAUGACAACGUCAUGGAUCACAUGAGAAUAAGACUGGCUACAAUUACCGGUAGAAAAAGACUAGCUACAAAUAAAUGAAUAAAAGUAGUUCCUUCCAAAAGACCCCGGCCGGAUGAAUAAUA